AUGACCCCACACCCCCCUACUCCACAGUCCCUCGACCCCACACCCCCCGACCCCACAGCCCCUGAUCCCACAGCCCACGACCCCCGACCCACUUUCUUUGCCAGGCACCCACACUCCCCCCACAGCCCCAAAGUUCCCUUCUCUAGCCCAGCACCCCACACCUCUCCAGCCCCACAGCCCACAGUUCCCUUCUUGCCCAGCACCCACACAUCUCCAGCCCACAGCCCCAACAGUUCCCUUCUCUUGCCCAGCACCCACACUCUCCACCCACAGCCCAACAGUUCCCUUCUUUGCCAGCACCCCACAUCUCCAGCCCACACCAGCCACAGUUCCUUCUCUGCCGAGCACCACCACACUCUCACGCCCACAGCCCCAACAGUUCCCUUCUUUGCCCAGCACCCCACACUCUCCAGCCCACAGCCCCAACAGUUCCUUCUUGCCCAGCACCCACACUCUCCAGCCCCCAGCCCCACAGCUUCCUUCUCUGCCCAGCACCCACACUCUCCAGCCCCACACCCCAACAGUUCCCUUUCUUUGCCCAGCACCCACACUCUCCAGCCCCACAGCCCCAACAGUUCCUUCUUUGCCCAGCACCCCACACUCUCCAGCCCCACCACCAACAGUUCCCUUCUUUGCCAGCACCCCACACUCUCCAGCCCACAGCCCAACAGUCCUUCUUUGCCACACCCCACACUCUCCAGCCCACAGCCCAAACAGUUCCCUUCUCUGCCCGCACCCCACACUCUCCAGCCCCACAGCCCACAGUUUCCUUCUUUGCCCAGCACCCCACACUCUCCAGCCCCACAGCCCCAACAGUUUCCCUUCUUUGCCCAGCACCCCACACUCUCCAGCACAGCCCAACAGUUCCCUUCUUUGCCCAGCACCCCACACUCUCCAGCCCCACAGCCAACAGUUCCCUUCUUUGCCCAGCACCCCACACUCCUCCAGCCCCAACAGUUCCCUUCUUGCCCAGCACCCCACACUCUCCAGCCCCACAGCCAACAGUUCCCUUCUUUGCCAGCACCCCACACUCUCCCAGCCCCACAGCCCCAACAUUCCUUCUCUGCCCAGCACCCCACACUCUCCAGCCCACGCCCAACAGUUCCCUUCUCUGCCCAGCACCCCCCCACACUCUCCAGCCCACAGCCCCAACAGUUCCCUUCUCUUGCCCAGCACCCACACUCUCCAGCCCCACAGCCCAACAGUUCCCUUCUUCUGCCCAGCACCCCCCACUCUCAGCCCACAGCCCAACAGUUCCCUUCUUGCCCAGCACCCCACACUCUCCAGCCCAACAGUUCCCUUCUUUGCCCAGCACCCCACACUCUCCAGCCCCACAGCCCCAACAGUUCCCUUCUCUGCCCAGCACCCCACACUCUCAGCCCCACACCACAACAGUUCCCCUUCUCUGCCCAACCCCCACACUCUCCAGCCCCACAGCCCCAACAGUUCCCUUCUUUGCCCAGCACCCCACACUCUCCAGCCCCACAGCCACAACAGUUCCCUUCUCUGCCCAGCACCCCACACUCUCCAGCCCCACAGCCACAACAGUUCCCUUCUCUGCCCAGCACCCCACACUCUCCAGCCCCACAGCCCCAGAGGUCAACUCACCUGGUAAAAUGA